AGGUGUUUAUCUAAAUGAUUUUUAAUUUAUCGCGUUGUAUUUCAUAGAUUUAGUUAUGACCCUGACGCUCUCAGUCUCUCUCUCUCUCUCUGACGCUCUCUCUCCCCUACGAAUAGAACCGACGAACUCCGCGAAUAGGCGAGCAGCAUCCACACAAGCAGCCAUUUAAUUAAUUGGGAUUACUUUAAAAUCAUUCAUUUAAAUACUCAACCUUUUUUAGUUUGACCGUAAUGCGAUAGGAAUUCCAAUAAUUAUAAUUUUCAAUAUGCCAAAUCAAAUGCGGUCCGCUAGAAUUAGGCAGACAAAUGCAAUGUGGACCUUCACCUGACAAAAAAAAACAGACUGGCUACAAAUGACGGGGUUAAUAAAUGCACAGCGUUCACUUCUAAAUAAUGAAAAUAGAGAUUCAUCGAGGUUAUUUUGAAGACGGAUGGAUGGAAAUGCAUAAACAAGGAGCGUCAAGACGUUCAUCAAGGGAAACUCGAUAUUUCACCGCUAUGAAAAUCUUAGAUCUGACGAUAUAGAGGAAGAUAGGUUGUAUUGCAGGCUACAUAGAAGCUAGCCGCCUACGUGCUGUAACCUCUCCUAAAUUGUCUUUAGACUCUAUAUUUACCUCGACGUGACAAUACAUCCGAAGAUCGUACAAAUUACAUGGAAUGAUGGACACGAAAAUUGGACACAACCUUUGUCUGUGUGAAACUUAUGUUUAAGAGGCUCAGUGAACAUUAGGCUACCUGUGGCCGAAUCGUAUCAUCGCUCAGAGGACAGACAUAGCCUAUCUUGAGUGUGGUCGUUUCAAUAUUGACUGAAGAAUGUGUUAAUAUCAGUGUCAGUGUCGCCUCUCUGACUGAGGUUUCCCGCAUCUUUACAAAUCCCAGAAAUCGAAGGUGCUAAAUGUAAUGGAGACAAAUGAGCCUGUUAUCUAGAAUGGAUCCUCACAUAUCCCUGUAAGAGGCGGGACAAAGGAAGAAAACCCCAGGACGGACGAUAGGAGGGCUGCCGUACCAUAGGCGGAAGAGUGGCGUCGGUCCGAGAGAGAGGGGGUAGAAUUACCCUCGCACCCCUACCCCUAGAAUCAGAGAGUUGAAGGCAUGUCUAACCAGACCCAGAUCUUUGGCAUAGAUGGCCCAGGGAGCCUGCUGGCAGUGUUGGCCUCACAGAGGGCCAGUAGUAUUAGCAGCACCAGCAGUGAAGGAAUCUCAGCUGCGGCCGUGUCCACCUAUAUCAAGUUGGUGUUCCUGGGCCUGAUCCUCUGUGUCAGCCUAGCAGGCAACCUGCUGGUGUCUCUGCUGGUCCUCCGAGACCGGGCCCUUCACAAGGCCCCCUAUUUCUUUCUGCUGGACCUUUGCCUAGCUGAUGUCAUCCGUUCUGCUGCCUGCUUCCCCUUCGUCCUGGUGUCUGUCCACAACAGCUCAGCAUGGACCUACAGUGCCUUCAGCUGUAAGCUGGUGGCCUUCCUCGCUGUGCUCUUCUGUUUUCAUGCUGCCUUCAUGCUGUUCUGUGUGGCUGUGACCCGCUACCUGGCCAUCACCCACCACCGCUUCUACGCCAAACGCAUGACGGUCUGGACCUGCGCUGCCAUCAUCUGCAUGGUCUGGACUUUGGCCAUUGCCAUGGCGUCUCCGCCUGUCUUUGACGUGGGGACAUACAAGUUCAUUCAAGACGAGGACCAGUGCAUUUUCGAGCAUCGCUACCUUAAGACCAAUGACACUCUGGGCUUCAUGCUCAUGCUGGCCAUAGUGGUCCUGGCCACUCACGGUUUCUACACCAAACUCCUGCUGUUUGAAUACAAGCAUCGCAAGAUGAAGCCUGUCCAGCUAAUGCCAGCCAUCAGCCAGAACUGGACCUUCCACGGCCCGGGUGCCACGGGUCAGGCAGCAGCCAACUGGAUCGCAGGCUUUGGCCGAGGCCCAAUGCCCCCCACCCUGCUGGGCAUCAGGCAGACUUUGCACAACCAGCAGCAGCAGCGCCUGCUGGGCAUGGAGGAGGUCAGAUCUGAGAGGAGGCUAGGCAGGAUGUUCUACAUCAUCACCCUGCUCUUCCUGGUGCUCUGGGCUCCCUACAUAGUGGCCUGUUUCUGGAGGGUGUUUGUCAAGUCCUGCUCCAUCCCUCACAGGUACCUCUCCAUCACAGUGUGGAUGAGCUUCGCCCAAGCAGGAGUCAACCCUAUCUUCUGCCUCCUGCUCAAUGAGGACUUGAGGAAAGUGCUGAGGGCCCACCUGCCCACCUACAGCAGGACUAGACAACACCAACAGCUGCACCGCCAUGAGCUGUUUGUGUUCACCAUCACAUGAUGCACUACUAUAUCGUGUGAUUGGGGUGUUUUGUUUGUAGCAUACAGAAAUGCCUAUCUGACCUUUUUUUGUAAAGAGAAUGUUUAUCAGACGCUACUAUUUUUGCAAAUGUAUUAUGACUUUGUUUCAUUUGUAAUGUGCAGAUGAUGUGUGUGUGGAGACAUGCAGUAUGAGAAGCAGGUUUGUAGUAAUACUAGUAAGUACAUUCUCAGUAGAUUAUCUCAUUAACAUGUUAAAACUGAUUUUCUUUAGUUCAAUAGAGGGGAUUGCAACGUCACCAUGAAUAGCAGGAUAUACUGUGUACAAAACUUUUGAGUUGCACUCCCCCAUAUUACCCUCAGAACAGCUUCAAUUCGUCAGGGCAUGGACUCUACAGGGUGUCGAAAGUGUUCCACCGGUAUGCUGGCCAAUGUUGACUUCAAUGCUUUCCACAGUUGUGUCAAGUUGGAUGGAUGUCCUUUGGGUGGUGGACCAUUCUUGAUACACACGGGAAUCCGUUGACCAUAAAAACAAACAGCAGCGUUGCAGUUCUUGACACACACAAACUGGUGCGCCUGGCACUUACUACCAUACCCCGUUCAAAAGGCACUUCAAUCUUUUUUUUUUUACUACCAUACCCCUCAAUGGCACACAUACACAAUCGAGGUCUCAAUUGUCUCAAGGCUUAAAAAUCCUUCUUUAACCUGUCUCCUCCACUUCAUCUACCUUGAUUGAAGAGGAUUUAACAAGUGAUAUCAAUAAGGGAUCAUUGCUUUCACAUGUAUUCAACCGGUCAGUCUAGGAAAACCUGCUCUUUCCAUGAUAUGUUUUGUACACUCAGUGUAGGUUAUGAUCAACUGCAGUCUAGACUGGAAAGAAUCUCAUGUGCAUUGGAACAAGAUCCAUUUGAUUUUGUAGUUUAUUUCACCAUCAUGGAAUGUUUGAAAUUCAGUGUUAAUUAGUUCUGACUUGAAACCUCUACAGGAUCGGCGGGUCCCCCACGGGACGGUUGAGCUAACGUAGGCUAAUGCAAUUACCAUAAGGUUGUAAGUAACAAGAUUAUUUCCCAGGACAUAGACAUAUCUGAUAUUGGCA